AUGCACUGUGAAUAUGCUUGUAAAUUGCCACUUUACAGAGUAUGCAUUGUGCCACCUCCACCGCCACCCUUUCCUCCAUUCAGCCAAAGGGAUGUACUCAGGGUUAAUUUAACAAAGUAUCUAACUGGAGCAAACGGUGAAAAGGGAAAUGAAGGACCUAAAGGGCAGAAGGGGCAACCAGGUGAAAUAGGUCAACAGGGAGUUCUGGGAGGCCCUGGUGCCAUUGGUCCACCAGGACAAAAGGGAGAAAAAGGAGCACGAGGCUGGUUGGGUCUACCUGGUGAGGACGGGUUCCCUGGGGUAUAUGAAGGUGUGAAAGGACGUAAUGGUGUUAAGGGAGAGAAAGGGUUAAAGGGUGAUCCAGGAGCUGUAGGUGUGAAGGGAUUAUCUGGCUAUCCUGGCCUGAAAUGGCAAAAGGGUGAGAGGGGUCCAAAGGGAUACAGAGGACUGUCAGGGAUGCCUGGCUCAAGAGGAGUUCCUGGAGCACGAGGCAAAACAGGGAUAAAGGGUAGCUCGGGACCACCAGGACCUGGUGGCCAUGCAGGUGCAAUGGGAAGACCAGGACCAGCCGGGCGAUAUGGACUACCAGGACGAGUAUAUUUAAUACAUGGGCACCAAGGAGAAAAGGGGGUAAUGGGUUCAUCAGUGGAAUGCAAUUGCUCCUGGGCAAAUACUACUGAGCCAAAUCACAAAAUACAUCCACAAUCUCACCUCUAUAUUGUGGACAGUGAAGAGGAUAUGUCAGAUUUUUCAUUAGAAAAUACGAUUAUUUUAAGAAGAGACACUCUCAUUCUUCAUGUGUUCAUGGGCUCUGAUUAGAGCAAUAUGCAGGACUCUGCAAUUUGGAUGAAUGAAGUUUUUAUUUCUCACUGUUCCUGUCACAGAAUGUUGUUUAUUUUAUGAAAAUGAAAAAUGUAAAUGUAGGAAAAGAUUUGCAAAAAUUAUAGCUCUGCAAAAACAAGCGUAUCAAAUUGUUUGCAUUUUCCUGUUCUAGCAUCUUAAACUAUGAGCUCAUAUGAAAAAUAGUCUGAUCUAUUUAUUAUAUAUUUCCUGCGUGACAGAA